CAGGCACACACGAGGAACCUCCCCCGGUGUAUGGAACCACGGGUCAUUACCGCGGAAAUAGUGUCUACAUAAGGCGCUUUAAUUUCUCCUCCAUUGAUCUAACUUCGAAAGUGUUCGCUGAAAUGAGAACGAUGUACAACCUUCGUCACAACAACAUCGAGACGUUCAUUGGCGCAUGCGUGGACCCGGAGAGCAUAGCUGUUCUGUCAGAGAUCUGUCCCCGGGGAAGUCUUAUGGAUAUAAUAGCCAACGACAGUAUCGAACUAGACUGGGCAUUUAGACACUCCCUCAUCAAUGAUAUCGUCCAGGGCAUGAAAUACCUCCACAACAGUGAGAUCUCGGUCCACGGCCAGUUGAGGAGCUCCAACUGUGUGGUUGACAGCAGGUUCCUCCUCAAGAUUAAAGGAUUUGGACCCAAAUGUUUCCAGGAACUGGAAUAUAAGACUCACAGACUUGGAUUCAUGAAUCCUUCCAAGAAACUAUGGACAGCCCCGGAGAUAUUGCGAGUCUCCGGAUGGCACCCGGGAACGAGGGAAGGUGACGUAUACAGUUUUGCUAUAAUACUACAGGAGCUCAUCUUGCGGGGAGCGCCCUUCGAGACCAGCGACCUUAGCAGUGCAGAUAUCCUUGAGAAGGUGGAGCAGUCGUGUGACCCUCCGUUCCGACCGAGCCUCUCCCAGAUCCCCGACUGCUCAACCGACCUGAUCGACGUGAUGGAGCAGUGCUGGGCCGAGGAAAAGUUUAAGAGACCCUCGUUUGACCAGGUCGACACGAGUCUCAAACGUAUCCUCAAAUCGAAAGGGAGUAACAUAAUGGACAACCUAAUGACCCGCAUGGAGCAGUAUGCGAACAACCUGGAGAGCUUGGUGGAAGAGAGGACAACCGCCUACCUCGAGGAGAAGAAGCGGGCGGAGGACCUGCUCUACAGGAUGCUACCAGAGUCCGUGGCAAGGCAGCUGCAACACGGCAACCAGGUGGAACCCGAGACGUUUGACUGUGUGACGAUCUACUUCAGUGACAUCGUGGGCUUCACCACCAUCGCGGGCAGGUCCAAUCCCUUGCAGGUCGUCAACCUACUGAACGACCUCUACACCACGUUUGACGCCAUCAUCGAUAACCUCCGUGUAUACAAGGUGGAGACGAUUGGUGACGCCUACAUGGUAGCAUCAGGCCUGCCGAUACGUAUCGGGGACAGCCAUGUGGCCGAGAUCGCAAACAUGGCUCUGGCUAUCCGGACGUCUGUAGAAAUAUUCAAAAUUCGACAUUUACCCUCAGAGCCUUUACGAAUACGGAUUGGUCUACACUCAGGUCCAGUGGUAGCGGGAGUUGUGGGCCUGACGAUGCCGCGCUAUUGCCUGUUUGGGGACACCGUGAAUACUGCAUCCCGAAUGGAAUCCAACGGUGAAGCGAUGAAGAUUCAUAUAUCAGGUCCGUGCAUGAAACUGUUGGAAGCGUACGGAGACUAUGACAUAGAACUUCGAGGGAACACUGAAAUAAAGGGCAAAGGCGUCAUGCAAACGUUUUGGUUAAAUGGACAAAAGGGAAAUAACCAUACGCCGGCAAAGUCAAAAACCUGCCAGCCGAGUCCUAAAGCAUCCUUUAAAAACACUUCAAUCACCAAAACAUAUUCCUUGCAAGAAACCAGUAAAUCCCAAACACCAAAAAGCGUAAUCAAUGGCAACGCCCCAGGUGGGGGAGGAGGAGGAGGGCAAAAGAAUUAUUCAAGUACAGGAACUGACACAAACUCUUUACAUCUGCCAACGGAAGAACAACUUGAAGAGCGACGCGGUUCUGGUAGCUUGUUUGGAGGUGAUGAGUUGGUAGAAGGACGUGCUUUCAAAACAGCCGCUAACGACAUGUAUCGGGUAGUUGUAGAAUCUCAGAGAGGAAGGAAAGCGUUUAUGGAUAUUGGAGGUCCGCGUGUGGCAACAUCUGAGUCUGUGAAACUGGAAGAAAAGAGUGGCAACGCUUUUGGUAACCUUCCAAAGGAAAAUUUACCAAACGUGGACUAA